CGGUUUCAGGGCACUGCGGCGGAUGUUGAUAUUCUGUUUUGGAGACCACAACCAGAGUUAGCUAGCGAGCUUUCGUCGUUGCCGGAGUUUUUUUUUGUUAGUUGUUGUUUGGUUGUUGUCUGACUUUUUUUUAAUCGUUUUUCAACCGGGGGAAGGAACCCACUCCCCAAACGACGGCACCGUGUCUCUCCCGGCGCCUCACCGGGGAAACGCGAGGCCGAGUCGUGCGAUGAUGGAGGACUUCGACGAGAUCUACGAGGAGGAGGAGGAGGAGGAGGAAGAGGAGGACGAGGAGAGGGCCGCGGAGGAACAGCUGUUAAAAUACGCUCCAGACCCGGUGGUCGUCCGAGGAUCUGGCCACGUCACUGUGUUUGGACUCAGUAACAAGUUUGAGUCAGAGUUCCCAUCGGCACUUACAGGGAAGGUGGCGCCAGAGGAGUUCAAGGCCAGUAUAAACCGUGUUAACGGCUGUCUGAAGAAGACGCUGCCAGUGAAUGUGCGUUGGCUGCUGUGUGGCUGUCUCUGUUGCUGCUGUACACUGGGCUUCAGUCUCUGGCCCGUCAUCUGUCUGAGCAAAAGGACACAGAGAUCCAUGGAGAAGCUGUUGGAUUGGGAGAACAGCAGACUGUACCACAAGCUGUGUUUGCAUUGGAGGCUGAGCAAGAGGAAGUGUGAAACCAACAACAUGAUGGAAUAUGUAAUCCUGAUAGAGUUCCUACCCAAGAUCCCCAUUUUCAGACCGGACUAGCUCUCCGCGGCCCCACCCACAUCCUCCCGUGGUGCCUCUCUUCACUCGGCCCAGUCACCUCUCCAAAAUGGCCUCCUCUUUCCUCCCCUAACCAGGCCCAUACCCCUAAAACAACAACACCAUUUAGUGUUUACUGGACAUUAUCUAACUUCUCUAUCUAGCCCCUCUAUAUACCCAGAAAACACCUGUUUACACCCUAAAGCCCCUCCCCUUCUCUGAUGUCAACCUUCGACCCCUGAUCUGUUGGAGGAGACGUGGCCUUUUGACCCCCCCGGGGUGGCCAUGUUGACUGUCAUCGGUCUGUGGGUCAUCAUGGGAGACCCAGCUCAGAAAGGGUGUAAACGGUACCAUAGAACUGUGGAACUGGACUCCUAAUUUUGGACCUGCAAUGAUGGACCUCCUCUUCACAGCCCUUCCCUGUACACGAGGCACAAUCUUUACUCAGAUUUAUACCCCCGUUAUAUUGUACCCCAACCUGAACUAUGAGACACUGUUGGAACAGUUGAUAUUAUACUCUGUUCUAGAACCUCUAUGGAACCGCUGAGGUGACAAUCAAUGGAUUAGCUACGGAACUUCUACAGAACUUCAAUGGAACUAAUAUAGAACAUUGACAGAACUUCAAUGGAUUAGCAAACGGAACAGCUAUGGAACUGGCAGAACAUCAUUAGAACAGCGAUGGAACUGACAGAACAUCAUUAGAACAGCUAUGGAACUCCCAACGGAAUGUCAUUGGGCUCCCGAGUGGCGCAGUGUUCCAAGACACUGCAUCUCAGCGCAAGUGGCGUCACUGGUUCGAAUCCAGGCUGUAUCACAUCCGGCCGUGAUUGGGAGUCCCAUAGGGCGGCGCACAAUUGGCCCAGCGUUGUCCGGGUUUGGCCGGGGUAGGCCGUCAUUGUAAAUAAUAAUUUGUUCUUUAAAUGACUUGCCUAGUUAAAUAAAGGUUAAAUACAAAUGGAACAUUGGUAGAACAGUUGUGGAACUUGCAGCAUCAUUCGCCUUUUGACUGGUCAUAGUAUCGGUAGUGAACAGCCAAACUAACCACAGUGGAUCAGUAGAGAGAACAGCCAAACUAACCACAGUGGAUCAGAAGAGAGAACAGCCAAACUAACCACAGUGGAUCAGUAGAGAGAACAGCUAAACUAACCACAGUGGAUCAGUAGAGAGAACAGCCAAACUAACCACAGUGGAUCAGUAGAGAGAACAGCCAAACUAACCACAGUGGAUCAGUAGAGAGAACAGCCAAACUAACCACAGUGGAUCAGUAGAGAGAACAGCCAAACUAACCACAGUGGAUCAGUAGAGAGAACAGCCAAACUAACCACAGUAGAUCAGUAGAGAGAACAGCCAAACUAACCACAGUGGAUCAGUAGAGAGAACAGCCAAACUAACCACAGUGGAUCAGUAGAGAGAACAGCCAAACUAACCACAGUGGAUUAGUAGAGAGAACAGCCAAACUAACCACAGUGGGUCAGUAGAGAGAACAGCCAAACUAACCACAGUGGAUCAGUAGAGAGAACAGCCAAACUAACCACAGUGGGUCAGUAGAGAGAACAGCCAAACUAACCACAGUGGGUCAGUAGAGAGAACAGCCAAACUAACCACAGUAGGUCGGUAGAGAACAGCCAAACUAACCACAGUAGAUCGGUAGAGAACAGCCAAACUAACCACAGUAGGUCGGUAGAGAACACCCAGACUAACCACGGUGGGUCAGUAGAGAGAACAGCCAAACUAACCACAGUGGGUCAGUAGAGAGAACAGCCAAACUAACCACAGUGGAUCAGUAGAGAGAACAGCCAAACUAACCACAGUGGAUCAGUAGAGAGAAUAGCCAAACUAACCACAGUGGAUCAGUAGAGAGAACAGCCAAACUAACCACAGUGGGUCAGUAGAGAGAACAGCCAAACUAAACACAGUGGGUCAGUAGAGAGAACAGCCAAACUAACCACAGUGGGUCAGUAGAGAGAACAGCCAAACUAACCACAGUGGAUCAGUAGAGAGAACAGCCAAACUACUUUAGACCAGAGCCCUAUUCCCUAUGUAGUGCACUACUUUAGACCAGAGCCCUAUUCCCUAUGUAGUGCACUACUUUAGACCAGAGCCCUAUUCCCUAUGUAGUGCACUAAUUUAGACCAGGGCCCAUAGGGCUCUGUAUAGGGAAUAGGAUGCAAUUUGGGACAGCUUUGGCUGAUUAGUAAAGGUCAAGGGUCAUGCUCAGGGGGUUACCAUGGAGAUAGAGGAAUAUGUAGAAUUAAAACGGAAUGGCCAAACCUACUCCUGGAGAGAUGCUACUGGCCGUGCAGGCUUUUACUCCGACCCUGCUCUAACACACCUGAUUCUACUAAUCAGUCUAAUCAGAACCUUGACUGGCAGAAUGAGGUGUGUUAGAGCAGGGCUGAAGCAAAAGCCUGCAGACCCAGUAGCUCUCUGGGAGGAGGGUUGAUAUCACCAAGACCACUUUAGGUUCAUACGGCAUCAACUAGCUUUCUGAUUGGUUACCUCACAUAUAAAGCAAGUUUCCUGUGUGUGUGUAGUUUAACUGUUAUCUCAGUCCAUGAUUGGAUCUUGGUCACUCCUUUUUAUAUUCUUUGUCUGGUAUUUCUGAACAGGUGUGUUAUGAUCCUAGCAGACGUGUGUGGAUGAAUGAUCACGUAACGUCUGUGUGUGUGUUUUACGGAUGUGAAAUAGCUAGCUAGUUAGCGGCGCGCGCUAAAUAGCGAUUCAAUCGAUGACGUCACUUGCUCUGAGACCUUGAAGUAGUGGUUCCCCUUGCUCUGCAAGGGCCGCGGCUUUUGUGGAGCGAUGGGUAACGAUGCUUCGUGGGUGACUGUUGUUGAUGUUUGCAGAGGGUCCCUGGUUCGCGCCCGGGUAUGGGCGAGGGGACGGUGUAAAGUUAUACUGUUACAUGUAUAUAUGAGGCAUAUGGACAGUAAACUACCCAGAAACAAACAUUUAUUGACAAAGAAUUGCAGCCCAGUCAGAUCAGGGGUGUAUUUAUUAGUCGACCACCGUAGCAUAACGUUUUGCAACAACAAAAAAACAAGUGUUGGUUGAGUAGGAGUCCUGAGCUAGGAUCAGGUCUGUUUCCUAGUGAAUACACCCCAUGGUGUUCAAUUGGAGUGUUACUGUCCCCAUUCUACCAUUAGGUUGGUACUCCCAACACUGUUGCUAUCCAUUCUACCAUUAGGUUGGUACCCCAACACUGUUACUGUCCAUUCUACCAUUAGGUUGGUACUCCAACACUGAUCUGAAGCUGUGACCAAAGAUUGGGGUCCAUCUCCCCAAGAAGGUUGAUCAUCCUGGAACACGACUCAGUUCCUUUUCUCAACACCAUAUCGAUGAUGUCACGUGCCUUCUCUGCCCUCUCAGCAAUCCCCUUCACUGACUCCAUGUCCUCCUGGUUGAUGACUGUGUGUUGCAGGAGUCUGUCCAGCAGUUCAUUCAGGACAGGUCCUGAUACUCGUUUCACAAACUCUGUCCGUACAGAACGCAGCUGCUGCUCUGCAGAACCAGUCAGACUGCUCUCAGCCGGACCUCCUGCCCCCGACACAGCACCUGAGACAGUCAGGUUACAAAAUAACUACAUUUGAGUCAUUUUAGAAGCAGACACUUUCCUCCUUAAAUAAAAGAGACCUGAAAUAACAAGUAUUGACAAAAAUUUAUUUUUUACAAUGACGACCUGCAUCACUGAACAUAUUUAAGGCCGGGUUCACAGACAUAGAAAAACAGAUUGGGUCAUUCAGAACCAGGUUAAUCUACAUCAAGUCCUGGAGGAGAUGUCAUUGGGUCAUUCAGAACCAGGCUAAUCUACAUCAAGUCCUGGAGGAGAUGUCAUUGGGACAUUCAGAACCAGGUUAAUCUACAUCAAGUCCUGGAGGAGAUGUCAUUGGGUCAUUCAGAACCAGGUUAAUCUACAUCAAGUCCUGGAGGAGAUGUCAUUGGGACAUUCAGAACCAGGUUAAUCUACAUCAAGUCCUGGAGGAGAUGUCAUUGGGACAUUCAGAACCAGGUUAAUCUACAUCAAGUCCUGGAGGAGAUGUCAUUGGGACAUUCAGAACCAGGUUAAUCUACAUCAAGUCCUGGAGGAGAUGUCAUUGGGGCUUUCAGAACCAGGUUAAUCUACAAGUCCUGGAGGAGAUGUCAUUGGGGCUUUCAGAACCAGGCUAAUCUACAUCAAGUCCUGGAGGAGAUGUCAUUGGGACAUUCAGAACCAGGUUAAUCUACAUCAAGUCCUGGAGGAGAUGUCAUUGGGACAUUCAGAACCAGGUUAAUCUACAUCAAGUCCUGGAGGAGAUGUCAUUGGGUCAUUCAGAACCAGGCUAAUCUACAUCAAGUCCUGGAGGAGAUGUCAUUGGGGCAUUCAGAACCAGAUUAAUCUACAUCAAGUCCUGGAGGAGAUGUCAUUGUUCUUGAAGACAGUCUUUUAUAAUCAGGACUAGUCCAGGUCCUACAGUAAACCAUGUUGACUGGCCCUCAUGCCAUUGGUUUGUACAGAGCAUUCAGAAAGUAUUCAGACCCCUUGACUUUUUCCACAUUUUGUUACGUUACAGACUUGUUAUAAAAUUGAUUUAAGUGUUUUUCCCCUCAUCGAUCUACAUACACAAUACCCCAUAAUGACAUCACAAUACCCCAUAAUGACAUCACAAUACCCCAUAAUGAAAUUGAAAACAGGUUUUUAGACUUGUUUACAAAUAAACAAAUACCUUAUUUACAUAAGUACGUAGACCCUUUGCUAUGACACUCGAAAUUCAGCUCCGGUGCAUCCUGUUUCCAUUGAUCAUCCUUGAUGUUUUUACAACUUGGAGUCCACUUGUGGUAAAUUGAAUUGAUUGGACAUGUUUGGAAAGGCACACACCUGUCUAUAUAAAGGUCCCUCAGUUGACAGUGCAUGUCAGAGCAAAAACCAAGCCAUGAGGUCGAAGGAAUUGUCCGUAGAGCCCCGAGACAGGAUUGUGUGGAGGCACAGAUCUGGGGAAGGUGACCAAGAUCCCGAUGGUCACUCUGACAGAGCUCUAGUGUUCCUCUGUGGAGAUGGGAGAACCUUCCAGAAGGACAACCAUCUCUGCAGCACUCCACCAAUCAGGCCUUUAUGGUAGAGAGGCCAGACGGAAGCCACUCCUCAGUAAAAGGCACAUGACAGCCUGCUUAGAGUUUGCAAAAAGGCACCUAAAACACAAAAUUCUCUGGUAUGAUGAAACCAAGAUUGAACUCUUUGGCCUGAAUACCAACUUGGCACCAUCCCGACAGUGGUGGCAGCAUCAUGCUGUGGGGAUGUUUUUCAGUGGCAGGGACUGGGAGACUAGUCAGGAUUAAGGGAAAGAUGAACGGAGAACUGUACAGAGAUCCUUGAUGAAAACGUGCUCAGGAGUCAAGGGGUCUGAAUACUUUCUGAAUGCAUUGUAACUCAUGGUUACUUACUAGUUGAACAGGUGUCAGAGAUGUAUUCAUCUGAAAGAUAAACAAAAAUGAGGUUAUAUCACUCUAAAUAGCAUCUGGUACUAAAGUACAAAGUGAUGAUUGACAUGUGCUCCUACAUCGUGAUACUUUCUCUUUCCAUGCUGUCCUCUCAUCAUCACCGAAUAACUCCAUCUCAAUGUCAAUCCCUGUUAUUUUCACAAUCGCCUUGAAAAAGCUUGGUGUGGUGUCUCUUUGUAUGAGAUGAAUCCUCUGGAGCGAGAGAGGGAGACAGAGAGAGAAAAAGAGAGAGGGAGAGAGGGAUUGCAAAGCAAUGUAAACGUAUGUUUCCCAUGCCAAUAAAGCCAUUUGAAUUUAAUUGAGAGCGAGCGAGAAGGCGACAGCAAGAGAGAGAGAGAGAGCAAUGGACAGACAUGUUCUUAUUCUACUGAAACAAUGGACAGACAUGUUCUCAUUCUACUGAAACAAUGGACAGACAUGUUCUCAUUCUACUGAAACAAUGGACAGACAUGUUCUCAUUCUACUGAAACAAUGGACAGACAUGUUCUCAUUCUACUGAAACAAUGGACAGACAUGUUCUCAUUCUACUGAAACAAUGGACAGACAUGUUCUCAUUCUACUGAAACAAUGGAUAGACAUGUUCUCAUUCUACUGAAACAAUGGUCAGACAUGUUCUCAUUCUACUGAAACAAUGGUUAGACAUGUUCUCAUUCUACUGAAACAAUGGACAGACAUGUUCUCAUUCUACUGAAACAAUGGACAGACAUGUUCUCAUUCUACUGAAACAAUGGACAGACAUGUUCUCAUUCUACUGAAACAAUGGACAGACAUGUUCUCAUUCUACUGAAACAAUGGACAGACAUGUUCUCAUUCUACUGAAACAAUGGACAGACAUGUUCUCAUUCUACUGAAACAAUGGACAGACAUGUUCUCAUUCUACUGAAACAAUGGUUAGACAUGUUCUCAUUCUACUGAAACAAUGGACAGACAUGUUCUCAUUCUACUGAAACAAUGGAUAGACAUGUUCUCAUUCUACUGAAACAAUGGAUAGACAUGUUCUCAUUCUACUGAAACAAUGGACAGACAUGUUCUCAUUCUACUGAAACAAUGGACAGACGACAUGUUCUCAUUCUACUGAAACAAUGGACAGACAUGUUCUCAUUCUACUGAAACAAUGGACAGACAUGUUCUCAUUCUACUGAAACAAUGGACAGACAUGUUCUCAUUCUACUGAAACUGUACCUGUGGAUUGAUGGAGGUAGAACAGGGAAUGUUCAGUCUGAAGAAACUAUAUAGUUUGAAGGACUGCUCUGGUCUGGAGAUGAGAAACCUUGAAGACCCGUAGGACUUUUCCUGUUGUUCCACAGCCUGCGAAACAACCCAGCCAGUCAAUGUACAGUCUUAUUCAAACAUUAUUCAGAAAACUAGCAACACACUUAUCUUAAUUUAAUGAGUGUCAACAUAAACUGCACCAGUGGUUAGUUAAGGUCAUCUCUAUAAUAAUGAUACCUCACCUGUAUUUGGCCGGGGUUCCAGGGGAACAGGUACAGGCGAGAAAUUAAUGUUUCCCUUUUCACUGUCAGAUAGAGCAUCAGCUCACAGUGGACAUCUACGUUCCAAGACAGUAAUCUCAGUAUCAGAGCGAUAGGUGAGAACUUGGGAUGGAGAAUCUUAACAUGGAAUCUGGUGACCUCAUGCACUUCCUCUAAAGACACUCCAUGUUCCUCUACAUGAAGAAUCUUCAUCUCAUUCCUCAGGGAAGGGUUGGUCCCUGAACAACACAAUACAAAGGAGACAGAAAGACAAAUAUUGUAUUAUUAAUCCAACUAAAACACAAAGAAUAUGCAGUACCAGAUCACAGUAAACUCAAACUCCCAGAAUAGUUCCUUCAUUAAUUGAAAAAAAGCUACAUGGAAAUGUCUUUCUGAAUACUAUUUCUACAUGGUUUUACCUAAACAGACAAAGUGUGGCAGAUGAACUUCCUCCAGUUCACCUAACUCCAUAGUGAUGUCCAGCAAUGGACCACCUUGUGUGUACUGCAUGUCUUUCAGAAGUUGACUGUAGGGUUCCCAGUUCCUGAAGUGAUACUUCAGAAUGACAUCUCUCUCACACAGCCAGCGGAGCCCAGACACUGUGCACUCAUAACUCCCUUUGGGUGUCCUGUGUCUGAGGGCAACAACAAGAUGGUAGAGGGUCAAUGGUCAAAUGGAGAGGUUGGAUUAGAAGACUAUUCCCAAAGGUAAUGGGGAAAUACACUAGCAAAUGGAAUGAAAUUUUAUAAGUAGAUAUUUUACCUGAACAUUGUCACUCCCUGGACAGUGGAAGUCAAGGGUUCAAUCUGAAGCCAGUGUGUGGAGUCCUGAACAAGGACAAGCAUGUCAGUAAUACAUAUGGGGCCUGUUUCCUGGACACAGAUUGAGUCUAGUGCUGGACUUACAGCAUGCUCAAUGGAAGUUUCAAUAGAAAGAUCUUUAAGGUCCAGGACUAGACUUAAUCUGAGUCUGGGAAACUGGCCAAUUAACCAAAGUAACUCAUCUAAUGUAUUUAUUCAAUGUUACAUGGAAUGCUGGUGAUUUAUCAAUUAAACUGUCUAAAGACAAAAUAUGA